CCUGUGCGUGCAGCCCGAGCAGUGGCAGCCAACGGCUCUCGACGCACAUUUCAGUUGAUAAUUUCAAAAAAGCGAAUUCAUAGACAAGUCAAAGGCGUUGCCGCAGCAUCCGUGUCAGCCAACAGCACUAGACCAGAGGAGUCUGGCACUUGACUUAAAGCAAAUAAAAAAACAAUUUGCUCACAUUUCUCCAAGGCCGCAAUGCAGCUGGAAAUAAAUUGUAAUUAGAGAAGUGACCCAAAACUUUGCUGGCACAGCUGCCAAGUGGAAAAUAAAAACAAAGCGUGAUUUACACGCUCGCAAUUUAUUACGCUCUGCUAUAAGUUUUUUCUCGGUCCUGUUUUCAUUUUGGCAACCAGCAGGCGCACCAGCGAAGAACUACUAGCAAAAUGCCAGCGGGACGCGUGGCUGGCAAAGCCGGCUACUCUAAUCACUAUUAUAACGGGCGUUCGUAUGUGGGCAUUAACGAAGAAAUAAUGUGGGUCAGCAUUGGCAUGGGCGUGACCAUCGCCCUACUCAUUACAAUUGCCCUCUGCUACAUUGCGAGGGAGAAGUGCCAAAAGCGUCAGCGAGAGUAUUACGUGACAGCAUAGUUAAUGUAUGCAGUUAGCCACAAAUGCAUUCUCCAAAUGGACGUGGAUGUGGAUGUGGAUGUAGGCAAGGAGCGUAGCUUGUCAAUUACAGCAGCCAUGACAGCGACGCCUCAAGCAGAAACGCAGCACGAGCCCAAGCCCGAUCCCGAUCCCGAUCCCAAUAUCGAUCCCGAACUAGACCCGGCACCAGUGCCGCAGCCUGAGCAGGAGCCAGCUGUUACCAUCAUGAACUGGACUGUUGUCGACAUUUGCGGGGCUCGCAGUUGGGGCUAAAUCAAAGGAAAACACAACCCACCAUUUAAAGCAAACACCCACAAGCACAUACACAUACAAAUAUAUAUGCAUGGCACAGACGGCUGUCAUAGGCAGCCCCUUACAUGUUGUUUAUUUGUUGUUUUUUUUUUUUGUAGUCAAUGAAGAACUUGUUGUAAACCUAA